AUGGGAGAGGUAUUUGUGUGUGUAUAUGUGUUUGUGUCAACAAAUGAGAAGGAUUCUACUGGGAGUUCUAAUGCUGGUGGAAUCUCCAUAUACUGGGGUCAGAAUGGGAACGAAGGAACUUUGGCAGACACUUGUUCCACAGGAAACUAUGAAUAUGUAAACGUGGCUUUCCUUUCUUCUUUUGGAAGUGGUCAGACUCCUGUUCUGAACCUUGCUGGUCACUGUGAUCCGAGUAGCAACGGGUGCACCAAACUGAGCUCAGACAUCAAAUCCUGCCAAGCAAAAGGAGUCAAGAUCAUUCUUUCCAUUGGUGGUGCGUCUGGGAGCUAUUCACUAGCUUCUUCUACAGAUGCAAGACAAGUUGCUACUUACAUUUGGAAUAACUUCUUGGGUGGAAAGUCAUGUGCACGUCCACUUGGAGAUGCGGUAUUGGAUGGAGUUGACUUUGACAUUGAAAGUGGAGAUGGCAAGCACUGGGAUGACCUAGCGAAGUACCUCUCUGCAUAUAGCAAACGUGGAAAGAAGGUUUACUUGACAGCAGCACCUCAGUGCCCAUACCCGGAUGCAUGGCUUGGAACUGCACUUCAAACAGGUGUUUUUGACUAUGUUUGGGUACAGUUUUUUAACAAUCCACCAUGUCAGUAUAGUUCGGGAGAUAUUGAAAGCAUUGAGGAUUCUUGGAAGCAAUGGACUUCUGAUAUCCCAGCCACAAAGAUUUUCUUAGGGCUUCCAGCAGCUCCUGAUGCAGCUGGAAGUGGGUUUAUUCCUGUUGAUGAUCUCACUUCAAAGAUUCUUCCAGUGAUUAAGGGUUCAGAUAAGUAUGGAGGUGUGAUGCUUUGGUCCAAGUAUUAUGAUGAUCAAUCUGGAUAUAGCUCUUCCAUUAAGAGUCAUGUUUAG